GAUUUGGGUUAUAUCGGAUAAGUUUAAAUAACUCAAAGUAAAAUCUUUUUUGUUUGUGCAACAAAUAAAUUUCAUUAAUAAAAAUGCAAAGGCCUUAAAGGACAACAAAGUUUGAUAGUUGGGAUUUAGGUAGGGCAUCAACCGGCCCGUUUAUAGAGCGGAACAUGAAAACAAAGCGACAAAAAAAAAGAGAAGAUGAUGAGAAAGCUAGAGAUAUAACCCGAAAUAAAAUCUAAAAUUUAAAAACAAAACAUAAGAACUAUAUAUGUAUAUUUAUUUAGGGAAAAUUGCCAAAACAGAAUAAAAAAACAGAAUGGUUGUCCCUAUGGUAUAAAUUCAAUUUUGUCCAUUUUAUCUCCCUUUUACCCUUUUAUUUCUGAAACUUAAUAAAAUAAAUAGUUUUAUGAAUCAAAAAAAUUAUUAAAAAUAUAAACUAUUAAUAGAACACCAAUAUACACAAGCACAUAUUUUUAUUUUUUUCAAAAACUUGAUAAAUAGAAUUUCCAAUUUACGUUCUACUAAAAGUAGAAUUCGUAUUCUACGAAAAUUGGGUUAGUAGAACGCAAAAUCCAGAAUAAACACGUACAUCUACUUGUUUUGGAACGUAAAAUCUACUUUUGAUUCAAUAUCUAAAUAUGGGGAAUGCGAAUUCUACUAAUUGUAAAGAUAUCUACUUUUCUGAAAAAUGCAGUUUCUACUUUUAACAAGUAUUCUACCAUUUCUCGAACGUAAAAUCUGAAAACUACACGAACGUCUACAAAAGGUAGAAAUUACAUUCCAUAUUAUUUUCAUGGUUCUACGCAUUGUAGAAGGUGUCUUCUACGGAUAAAAUGAUCUGCUUUUGGCGAAAAUUAAGGAAAAUCAGUUAACAAAAUAUUCUAAAAAUAUUCUAACUUCCUAAAAUGGUUCUGAUCGAUUUUCUUUGUCAAAUUUUUUAAAAAAAAACGAUUUUGCCUUUCUUGUUCAUCAUGAAUCUGUGAUUUUUUCAUAGUUUCUCUCUUUUGUAAUCUAGAAACUUUUGUUCUAGGUUAGAUGCAUAUCUAUACAAUAUGUGGUCUUUGGGAAUUAGGUGCAACUACGGGAUGGUUUUUUUCGGCUGACGGCAAAGGGGGUAGGCUACUGUUAGUGGAAUCAAAUUCUACUUUAGAUGAAUUAAAAAGGAUGGUUUUGGAGGAUUUUGGUAUGGAAGAAGAAAUCAUAGCCGAUUUGGAGUUAAGUUAUCUACCUGCUGAGUGGAUCAAUACUUCAGGAUGUCCACCUGUGAUCAUUGCAAGCGAUCGACAGCUUCAUAAUUUUGUUCGAUUUGUUCAAAAGAGUGCUUCUACUCGAUUGUGUGUCACAUGUAAAGCCAAGGCUGAGAAUCCGAAUAAAGAAGCCUUUGAUCUUAACAAACCGCCAGCUGAUCCAUGUACUCAUGAAGAGAAAGAAAACUUGUUUGACAGUGGGGACGAACCAGCUCCUGUGUAUGCUGAGACGCAGGGGAAGAAGAAGAAUGAAAAGCGGAAAGGAGUCACAGUUGACGAGGAUGGGGACUAUGAUGCUGAUACCAUGAUUUCUGAAAAAGAGAACAUACAUAAAAUGUCAAAGUUUUCUCUGCUCCAUGUUGUUAAGGUCGGACAAUUUUUUGAGAACAAAACUUUGUUGAAGGCGAUUUUCGAGAUGUGUGCAAUGAAGCAUAACUUUGACUACCAGGUUAUCAAAACGGAUAGACAACUUUGGUAUGUUAGAUGUGCGGAUAAUGCAUGCGAUUGGGGUGUUCGAGCAGAGUGUCUGAAGGAUUCUACAUAUUUCAUGAUCAAGAAGUAUGUCGGUAAACAUACAUGCGCACCUUCAAGCAAAACCAAAGCGGGUAAGACUGCUUCAGCAAAAACUAUAGGCAGUCUGAUUAUGCAUAAGUAUGUAGGCGUCAAGGAAGGGCCGAAAUGUAAUGAUAUCAUACAGAUUAUGCGUAGUGAUCAUGGAUGUGAGAUCUCAAAAUCGUUAGCAUGGGAUGCGCGUGAAUAUGCGAUCAGUGCAGUUAGAGGUAUUCCAGAGAGAAGUUAUGGGAAAAUUCCAAAAUACUUGCACAUGCUGAGAGAGGCUAAUCCAGGUACACACACAUCCUAUGAGAUUGACGGAAAUGAGAAUUUUCGUUACCUAUUUAUUGCAUUUGGGCAAUCAAUAAGAGGAUUUAACAGAGUCAUGAGACGGGUUAUUGUGAUCGAUGGGACCUUUUUGAAGAAUAAAUACAAAGGAGUUUUACUGGUUGCAACUGCUUUAGACGGAAAUUCAAAUUUGUAUCCUAUUGCGUUUGGAAUAGUCGACUCAGAGAAUGAGCGUUCUUGGGAAUGGUUUAUGAGAGAACUUAAGGUUGUCAUUGCAGAUGAUCAUGAUUUGGCUUUUAUUUCAGACAGGCAUGGGUCUAUCGCCAAGGCAAUUGAAAACGUGUAUCCAUCAGCCAGACACGGGAUUUGUAUUCAUCAUUUGUUGAAUAAUGUGGUCACAUAUUUCCAUGGGAAAGGACUUGCUGGGUUGGUUUCAAAGGCAUCCAAGGCUUAUCGAGUUUCUGAGUUUGAGAAGACAUUUGCUAGUGUGUGUAAUAUCAGUCCGGCAAUUGGAGAUUACCUUAGGGAAGCUGAUGUGCAAAAAUGGGCCAGAUGUAAAUUCCCUGGAUACAGAUACGACAUAAGGACAACCAAUCCUGCUGAAUCUAUCAACUCUGCUUUGCGUUCACCGAGAGAGUAUCCAGUCAUCCCUUUGUUAGACAGUAUCAGGGAAAUGUUGACACGGUGGUUUUAUGAGCGUAAGAAACUGAGUUCAAACCAUAAACAUCCUCUGACCAAAGAUGUAGAGAAGAAGAUAGACAGGAGAAUCGGGAAAGGCUCCACAUUUGUAGUUUACCCUGUCAGUGCUGGUCGAUUGCUUGUUAGAGGUGAUAAAUUCGACUGCUUAGUUGAUUUGGAUAGAAGGACUUGUUCAUGUGGAAAGUACAACCUUAUGAAGAUCCCUUGUAGGCACGCAAUUAAGGCUGGUUUUCAUGUUGGAAGAGAGCCACACACAUUGACUGAUUUGAUGUAUACGACAGGAGCUUGGAGAGAAGCUUAUGAAGAAAGCAUAAAUCCUAUUGAUGUUCCUGAGGAUGCUUGGUCUAUACCAGAAGAUGUUAAGGAAGUCAUUGUUUUACCACCAGAGACAAGAAGAUCAGUUGGAAGGAAAAGAAAACGCAGAUAUGAAACUGCGGAAGACAAAAUUCGGUCAUCGCAAAUGUCACGAAGAAAGCAGCCUCGAAAGUGUAGUAGAUGUGGUAUUAGUGGGCACAACAGAGCAACUUGUCAAGUACCAAUAUAGUCAGUCAGAAAUGGUUGAUCUGUUCAAGUAUGCAAGUGGUGGUAGAUGGUGGUGGUAGAUGGCGACCUAGGCGAGCUUAAUUCAAAGUGCAUUCGCAGGUUGCUCUGUUCAAGUUUGCAAGUGGUGGUAGAUGGUGGUUCUUUGUACAAUUUUUU